CUUAAGAUUGUUGUUAGUUAGUUAAUUUAGUGGCAAAAGUUUCCUCUUAAUUUAACUUUUCUAUUGAAACAUUUUCUUCCCAAACAAUCAAAUCAUUAAAGUCUCUCCAACGGAUCACAUCAAAAAAGUCAAACUGACCAUUGGUAUAAGUGAACUGACCAAAGCAACUAAGUGUUUACGAUUAACAUUGUGAUCUUGUUUGUUUUGUUCUUGUGAUAAUUUACAAUUUAUUAAUUGUUUAAUUUAGUGUUUUAUUAUUAUUGAACAAUGGAAGUGAUUACCAAUAAGAUUGAGAAUCUUUUCUCAGGAGGUUAUCAUGAACCUCGAGUAUCUGAUUACUUUUUAAUCAAUCAUCCAAAAUGGCACAUUGCUACUUUCUUGUCAAUCUAUUUGUUAAUUGCUGCUAAAUUAGGUUCGAUUUUAGGUUCAACGGGAAAGUCAUACAAUUUACGACCUUGGAUGUUGGUCUUAAAUGGACUUAACUUUGGUGUUUACGGUAUUGCGAUACCAAUUAUCGGAUGGUUGACAAAUUUUGGUGUCACUUGUUGGGCUUGUACCGAGCCCAAAGACGGUGCUUUCAUUGAGGAAACUUUAUUACGUCUUAGUUACACUUACCUGUGGAUGAAAAUGGCCGAUAUGAUGUCCACUCUUGUCAUGAUUUUAAGAGCUAAACCAGGCCAAAAGCCGAUCCUUCAUGCCCUGAGAAACUCUUGUCUCAUUUUAGUUGUUUACUUUGGCCUUCGCAUGUACGCUAGAGGCUCAUUCCUAUUUCUACCCUUUACCGAUGCCAUUUUAUCGGUCAUCAGAUCAGCUUAUUAUGUUCUAGCCUCACCUGGAGCCGCUUUCCGACAUCACCUUUGGUUCAAAAAUUAUAUCCACUAUGUUGCCCUGCUCUUUGCUGCUCUCAACGGUGCUCACAUGGCCUCACAAUUAGUUAAUUCUUGUGCAGGUCCACCCGGUAUGAUGAUUCUCAUCCUUGCUCAUAGUGCUGGUGAAGCUUACGUAGCCAUUACUGAGCUUUCAAGAAAAACCAAACAGGUUGAUAAUCAUCAUGAUUAAUUUCAGAACAAAAAAACCCAUGUAAAUUUAGUCUUCUAAUUACCUUCAAACUAAUUACUUUUUCUUAAUUUCUUUCUUCUCCAUUAAUUGUUUCAUUCCAUUAACUUUUUCAUUAUUGUACAUGAUUUCAUCUGACACUCGCUUAACUAUCAUUGUUUUCAUAAUUUAAAUUUUAACAACGUUGCUGUCAUCAUUUUGAUAACUAAAUCGAUUUAUAGAUUUACAAUUUAAUAUUGGAAAUCUAUUUUCAUUUCAUUUCGUCUAAAUUGCCAAUAAAUGACAAUUUUUUUUUCGUUAUAAUUCAAUUGCUUUGAUCUAUUUUCUAUUAUCAUAUUGAUCUAAUUGAGUUGUUGAAUUAUUUUCUUGAGACUCUAUUUUAAUACGGUUUGCAAAAUGAUCAUUGAUUUGGACGUUACAAUUAAUUGCUUGAAAUUAGUUUCAUUGGAUUUUGUUGAUUGUGGAAUGAUCAGUAUACUCUCUCAAAUGAAGAGUUAAUUAACAAUCACAGUUACAGAGAUUCAUAAAUAAAUUUCAGACAGUUUAAAAUCAAUUAGUUUGUUGCAAAAAGCAAAAA